CAGAGCAAAUAGCUUCUCUGAAUGAGAAGAUUGGACGAGAGGGUGGAAGUAAGUCAUCUUCCUCUCCUGUUCACAUGCAUUGCCCUUUACUCCAACACAGCCGUUUCCCCAUCUCAAGGUGUUCUCGCUCCUUGAAGAUUGUACGACUCGCGAUGCUCUAGGCUAGCCCUCGGUCUUAGCUCAAUGAUGCCUACAUCGGCAUCACUGUCUUCCGGGUUCUCUCUCGAAGACCGAAGCCGAUAAGUCUUGCACGCGCUAAUGGAUCUCAACAGGGCCAUCUUUGAGCGAGCAUAACCAAUUAGAUAGCCUCUAUAGGCAGAUGCUGAAGUUGUGCGAAGAUGAAAGGGCUAUACUUCAAGACGAGCCAAGUGAUGUGAUCAAGAAUCUGGGUCUUCUGACUGCGCUGCGGCAGGCUUCAGAAGCAGAGGCACCGCAAAAUCGUGCUGCAUCUCUCUCCAAGUCACGGAAGAAGCGAAAUGAGAUGGACGGCUCGGCUACCGACUCGCCGGGUCCGUCCAACAACUCUCUGUCGGACAAAGUCAGUCGCAUGAAGGGUGGCUUUCAGCGUAGUACGAGUGUUUCCAGCUCACAAGCUCGCGAGGGUCGUGACCCUAUCGUGCAAAUCAAGGUAGAAGAAGGAUCCGAGGGUGCUAAAGGCACGCUUGCCGAAAGAAGCGGGCAUCUCGUGGUAGGGGCCGAAGUUGUCUUCAAACACAACAAGAACAAGCAAGGUGUUGAAGGGGAGGGUAUCCAAUGCAUCAUUAAAGGGAUUUCUGGGGAAGGCCCUAAGAAACGGUAUGAUGUACAGGACCCGGAACCAAACGAAAAUGGCGAACAGGGUGCGGUCUACAAGACCACAGCAGCGUCCUUAAUUCCAAUACCUCGCAUAGGGUCUACGUUGCCAUCAUUUCCUCUUGGAAAACAAGUUUUGGCCAGAUACCCGGACACCACGACUUUCUACCGUGCCGAAGUUAUGGGAGCUAAGAAGGAUGUCUAUCGCCUCAAGUUCGAGGGUGAGGAAGAUGAUAAGGAGAUGGAAGUUGACCGUCGCUUUGUUUUGGACAUUCCAGGAAAGUGAUGUCUGUCUCCAAAUUGAGAAACAUCUCUCUGUCAAGGCUUCAUUCUCGCUCAGGCCUCGAGAGAUGCCAAGUCAAGGUUUAUGUAUGGUGUAUGGUGGUGAUGAAUGCAAGGUACAAUCUAUGGACCGCGACAUGAGGGAGAAUUGAAAUCGGCUGCCAUAUUGAUCGGUUACUUGAUACCCAUUGUUUAGC